GGGUGGUGGCUGGGGUGUCUGGAGGGCUGUGGGGGUGCAUGGAGGAGGAGGGAGCUAGAGCAGAGGCACCUGUGCCCUGUCUGGGUGCCCCUCCUUCUGUCCCCAGGCCAGGCCUUCCCUGUCCCUCGCUGCGGCCCCACCCUGAACCCAGCCUCAGGCAGUGCUGAGUGACUUAGGGGACUUCUCUCUUAUGCUUCUCAGAAAGUCUGUUUGGGAUUGGGAAUAUAUGACAAGGAAAUGAGGGUGCAGGAAGCUGGGGGUGAGAAUGGGGCGUGUGUUUUAAAAUGAACCAGGAGGGUAUAUGUCUGUUCCAAGUACAAAUAUAGAGGUUUUUAUAAAAGCUCCUUCCCUGCUGCCUGGGCAGUGCGGGUGUGGGGUGACGGGCAGGGAAGAGAGCUAGAAGGUUUCCUAGAAGGGCCUGGGCGGCCAGGCAGGUGGUGGCAGGUGCUGCCUCCCCACAGGGGCUCUGGCUCCUGUCCAGGCUCCCUGCUGCCCUUCUGGAGAAGGGAAGGCAUGGUUCCUGCUGGCCCAGGUGCAGCCCCGGUCCUGGCUCUGCACUGCUGGUGCUGGAAGCGCGGCCCAGCUGCAGAUGGAAGAGAGGUGGAGUAAACUGCGCAGGCCCUCCUGUGCUCUUGUGUUCUGGGAGUCUUUGAAGCUGGGGGUGUGCAGAGGACUUGUCCUGAGUCAGGGACCCUAGGCCAAGGGAUGACGGCAGGGCAGGGCGCAGUGGGAGUGGGGAGCCCCUGGGCGCUCAGUGGCUCAGACACUUGGCUUGCAGGGAUAAUGACAAAGGUGUGGGAGGAAAGGUGUGGACGCCUGACGGGCAUGGGGUCAUUUGCUGGGGUCUCUAGCCAGAGUGUGCAGGCUUCGCCUCUGCUGAUGCUGACCUCGGCAGCUCCCUGGAAGCAGCACCCACCCCCUAGUCUCCAGGGGGUGCUGCAGCCCACUCAGCACAGCAGGGCACGUGCUCUCACUGCUCCCACUGCUGCCUCCCGCUCAUCACUGUCUCCCCAGCCCAGCUUCCCUCACCCCAGCACACCCCCCCCCAGAACAGCUUUGAGACAGCCCCCUCCGCCUGCUCCCCCCACCAAUGAGCUCCUGUCACUACCGCGCCUGUGUCUGCUGGAAAGGGGGCGGCUGGGAGCGGGGACAUGGCUUGCUACUCAGCCCAGCCAGUCACAGGGCUUGCUUCUUCCUGGGUGAGCGGGGUAAGAGCAGCUGGCUGUGCCCAGUGAGGCGAGGGCUGCGCCAAGGAAGGCUUGCGUGGCCCUCCCUGUGCCCAGCCGCCCCCGCCAGCCUGUGGCAGGCACCCCCACAGGAAAGCAGGUCAGGAGCAGACCAGAAGCUUACAAAGGCCACUGAGUCAGUAACUCAGCUUGGGCUCAGUUCUGUCCUUCCAUUUGUCUAACUCAGGCUAGUGACUGAACAUCCUGUGCCUCAGUUUCCCCACCUGCCAAGUGGAGUUAACAACCCUAGGUUUGUGGCUGUGGACACUGUCUCUCCUGGUACAGACGCUUCCUGGAGCAGGUGCUGUUCCUUGGCCAUGAUGGCCCCGGGGACAGACGGGUGCAGCCUGCAGGGGGUUUGCCCCUGUCUGGGAGAUGCUUAGCCUAGGACUUCUCAAACUUGAACAUGCAAGCAAAUUACCAGGGGUUCUUGUUAAAAACACAGAUUCUGAAUUUCUAAGUGGCUCCUAGGCCAUACUGACACUGCAGGUCCAUGGGCUACACUUUGAGUAGCCAAGGACUGGAGUCAAAGCCUCAUGUUUCUGGAUUUUUCUAAGGAGCUUUUAGCUCCUUAACCUUCUCCAGUCUGCAGCAGGGUCCAGGAAAGAAGGUCCGGGGGCCUUGGGUGGGAGGGGGCCCUUCCCUCUGGUCCCUGUGUCUGGACAGGGACAAGACCCAGGUAAGGAUGAGGAGCAGCCAGCAUUGCAAGCUGACAAGGCCAUGGGCCUUGGAGACAGGAGAGCUUCCUGGCAGGGCCCUCCCCCCAUCUCUUCUCUGUCCCCAGCAGACGGCUCUCAUGCAUUCCAGCAGCUGGCCAGCACCUGCUGCAGCAGCAGCUCCCCACACUGCUGCUGUAGGUCACCCCUUUUGCAGAGGCUUGGCUCUUCUGGGGUGGAAAGGGACCCUUUAGGUAGAAGCGCGCUGUGGGGCAGAGGGUUAAGGGCCAGGAAGUGCAGCUUCCAGCCCCACAUCUCCCUGAGGGUUUUUCCAAGGGUCCACACACACACUUGUGAUUCGUCCCCAAGCUGGGCAAAGCUGCUCUCCCCACUCUUGGGAAGUCCCAGGGGCUGACGGAGGCAGGGUGGGCCACCAGAGCGCACAGGGCAGCUCCGCACAAUUCCUCACCAGUGUUCUGCCCCCCCACAAGACAGUGCCUGUGGGUCUGCACCGUGGGCACUUGCCUGCCAUUUUCUGUGCGCGUGACAUGCCCCAAGUCACAUGUGGGCAUCAGCACCUGAGCUCAAGGUCCCCUUCUCCACUGAACAGCUGUUAGCUGGCUGUCCCCAGGGCUCAUUAGUGGGGGUGGCUCUGGACAGGGAGCUGGAGAGGAGGAGGGCAGGAGCCCCAGGUGGAAGUGGAGCCUGAGCUUUAGAGGCGGUGGGGGGAGCUUCUGCAGGAAGCCAGGAGGAGUGGAAGGAGCAGAGCCUGAUGCGGUCUCCAGCCCGCUGUGAGCCUGAGCAUGGGCAGCUUCCUGGGUCAGGGGCUACCCGCAGGCGCCCUCCAGGCUGCAGGUGUCUCUCUCCAUCUGUGUGCUAGGGGCAUCGGGGAACACUGCCACUAAGUGCUGGGUUGUGUCAGAAAGGCACGCAUGCAUGUGCGGCUGCACUUGCACGUGUGUGUGCAUAUGUGUACAGCCGUGGCAGCAUAUGCGUAAUGGCACAGCCCUCCGAGUGUGUGUGUGUGUGCCUGAGGCCUGUGUGUGCGUGUCCUCCCAAGGCCGUUGCUGGGUGACCUUGGCAGAGGAGUGGAUGAGCAGCUGGCAAAGGGGCCUGCAAUCCGUUCUCAGCCUCACAGGUGACGCAGGUGAGGGCUGCUGACCUGGCUGAUGUCUUGGAGAUGCCUGUGGGCUGGACCUGAGAGGUUGUUUGAGGUCAAGCUCCAAGGGCACAGAGUGGAGGCUGAUGUCUGGGAAGGUGGUGCGUGAGUGUGAGGGGCAAAAGGAGACCCAACACAGAGACCCACUGGUGUGAGCUCUGGGUGUGAGCCCACGCAGCAGGGGCUGGGGGGUGGGGUAGGGUGGGUGUGCUCAGGAGGCUGGUGGGAGGAGCUGUGGCGUUCACCUGAAUUUGGUAAAUGUUCACGCGCAAGUUCCACCAGUGAGGUACCGCAGUCAUAGGUUCUAGAAAUAAAGGCACUUAGGCCUGCAGUUUACACAGUCUGUUUAAAGGAGCCUCCGGAUGGGGAUUUGAACCCAGGACCCUACUGCCUGCAAACCUGAGCGGGGAGCCUGCCAGGGCCUGCCUCUGAGGGCAGCUAGGCCACUCCUCUCCAUCCCAGGUGCUCGGGAUCCUAGCACAAGGCCAUGUAGGGACCGGGCUGCGCCCCACACCCCUCUUCUGAGCCGGUGCAGGCGGAGGUCGGGGACGCGGCGGAGGCGACGGCCGGCAGAGGGCGCUAGUUUCCGGAGCCCGCCGCGCCGGCUGACGACGGAGCCGACCCGCCUGAGGGGCACCGCCACGGCGCGGCCCGGGGGGAGCGCAGGCUAGGGGAUUGGGAGGGGCGACCGCAGCAGUCGCUGCAGGACCCUCGCGCCCGAGGUUGCAGCUUCGCACAGGCCUGCGGAGGGCGGCAGCCGGGAGGCUGCCAGCGCCCUUCCCCAGGGGCGCGUUGGGCGACCUGGGAGGGUCAGCCAACCGGGAGCCCAGAGCCCUGGGCUGAGCAAGGGUGUCCUUGGGCUGUCCGCGGAGGGGCGGGCGGGGAGACGCGCCGGGCCCCGCUCUGACGCCAUCUGCCGCAUCUGGAAGGGAGUGGGGACCCAGCGGAGGGCCUGUGGAGGCGUAGGAGACCUUGGGGUGGGGUGAGCCCGCCCUCUUCGUCCCCUCUGGCAGAGCCGCCUGCUCCCCAGCCCCAGCCUGUUGCCAGCCCUCCUGCCCUGGCCCCUGGCCCUGCUGCCGGAGCAGGUGCGCAGCCUGGCGCCUGAGCCCAGUCUUCUCACAGACCUGCCGGCGAAGACGGAGCCCCGCAGUCACCCCAGAUGCCCUGAGCUGAUGAGGCUCAAAGACCGACUGCCAGAAGACGCAGCCCUGCAGUUCACUCCUAAGGCGCCGGCGGAGGCGGGCGCAAGAGGCCACCCCGCGGCUUCCAGUGCGCCCACCACAGGCAGACGCUGCCAAGGGCCCAGCCUCUGCCUGCCCGGUGCCAUGGACUGACUGGCAGUGCACGCCGAGGGGCUUCUCUUUCCCCAGAGCUGCAGGGCCCAGCGAGCCGUGGGGUCCACCAUGCUGGCGCUGUGCAGUGGCCCCGAGCAGAAGACCAGGCUGGGCGGGCCGUGGAGAGUCUCCUGGAUCACCUGCUGGAUCGCCCUGUGCGCUGCGGAGGCCCUCCCCACCUGCCCUUUCUCCUGUAAGUGUGACAGCCGCAGCCUGGAGGUGGACUGCAGCGGCCUCGGCCUCACCACGGUGCCCCCGGACGUGCCCGCCACCACCCGAACACUCUUGCUCUUGAACAAUAAGCUGAGCACCCUGCCAAGCUGGACCUUCGCCAACCUGUCCAGCCUGCAGCGGCUGGACCUGUCCAACAACUUCCUGGACCAGCUGCCCCGCUCCAUCUUCGAGGACCUGACGAAUCUGACGGAGCUGCAGUUGCGCAAUAACAGCAUCAGGACCCUGGACAGGGACCUGCUGCAGCACGUGCCACUGCUGCGCCACUUGGACCUGUCCAUCAACGGCCUGGCCCAGCUGCCCCCUGGCCUUUUCGAUGGACUCCCGGCUCUGCGCUCCCUCUCCCUUCGCUCUAACCGCCUGCAGAGCCUGGACCGGCUGACGUUUGAGCCCCUGGCGAGCCUGCAGCUGCUGCAGGUGGGAGACAACCCCUGGGAGUGCGACUGUAACCUGCGUGAGUUCAAGCACUGGAUGGAGUGGUUCUCCUACCGAGGGGGGCGCCUGGACCAGCUCUCUUGCACGCUGCCCAAGGAGCUGAGGGGAAAAGACAUGCGCGUGGUCCCCAUGGAGAUGUUCAACUACUGCUCGCAGCUGGACGACGAGAACAGCUCCGCCGGCAUGGACGCCCCGGGGCCACCCUGCACCAAGGCCAGCCCGGAGCCCCCUAAGCCCAAGCCCGGGGCGGAGCCGGAGCCUGAGCCCAGCACAGCUUGCCCUCAGAAGCAGCGGCACCGGCCCGCGAGCGUGCGGCGCGCCAUCGGCACGGUGAUCAUCGCCGCGGUCGUCUGCGGCGUCGUGUGCAUCAUGAUGGUGGUGGCGGCUGCCUACGGCUGCAUCUACGCCUCGCUCAUGGCCAAGUACCACCGCGAGCUCAAGAAGCGCCAGCCGCUGAUGGGAGACCCGGAGGGCGAGCCCGAAGAUCAGAAGCAGAUCUCCUCCGUGGCCUGAGCGGCGUCCCUACCCGGCCCAGGUAGGAAGGGCAGGAAGAACGCGCAGGCCCCGCCUCCCCAGCCCCACGUCCUCCUCACCCGUGGUGCACUGGCCGCAGCAUCGGUCUCCAUGAACUUUAAGCCCGCCUGGAGCCGCCGAGCGCGGAAGGCUCCCACUGGUGCCCCUCCCUGGGCCGCCAACUCUCUGGAGUUCCCGGGGCCUGUUCCUAAGCUUGUGGCACGGGGAAGACGGCACGCGUGCCCCACAGGAGCUUCCACGCGCCGAGCACCCGCUGUGGCCUUUCCUUCGGGGGUCCUCACAGCUGGGCGACUGGUCCCCAUUAGGGAGUGGGGGCCGUGAUGUGGGGCCAGGGGCACGUUCUCUGACCUCCCCUAAGGCAGAGGGCUUGCUCUUGGCGCCCUGCGGGGGAAGGUCAGGUCCGCAAACAAACAAAUGCACCAGCUCCGGCCGCCCCGCACUUGGCACUUAGACACGCGACGGGACGCUGCACUCCUCUAACUUGUUGCCUGGCGCUACCGUGUCCGCCACAGAGCACACUGCUCCCGGAGCCUCCAGCUCGCCCUCGCCGGCACAGUUGCCCAGGUGCGCGCUCGCACAUAUGCACACACAAACACACCCACAGCACGCAGCCGCCCAGGCCGGGGCCGCGGGUCUCUGCCCCAGGCGCGGAGCCUCCCGCGCUCACCGAGGUCUCCUCCGCCAGCAGGGGGAGGAGCCAACCGUAAAGUGGGCCAGAGCAGCGCUGCGGGGACUGCGGUCGCCGUGGCAACACGCUCACGCCUCCCUUGGGCUUUCCAGGGAGGCCUGGAAGCUGCAAGCUGUGUGGACGGCAGUCCCUGGGGCCCAGCCUCCAGCCACUGGGUGUUUCCUCGGCCCCGCCCCGUGCCUCCCCAGGCCGGGCCCUGGGGGACACCCCCCAAUUACACUCCUGUAGCCUGCAGCCUCAGCCCCUCCAGCUUCUGCAGCUUCUGGCCUGGGAUCUCAGGGCUGGGAUCGGGUCGUGCAAGGUGACCAACGGCCCUCCUGGAAGGAGGCAGGUGGUGAGCAGAGAGACAGACUCUCUCUGUCUGUGGCCCAGACAGACUCCCGAGCAGGCACCAGGCAGCCGCGUUCUGUCUAGAGACUUCCACCAUGCGCUUCCUUUCGCCAGGGUGUUGUCUGCGCAGCCCGGCUCCCCAGGACUAUGGGCUGCAUCUGCACCGGGGUCCACACCAGCCUGUGAGCCGGGGCUCUGUUUGGGGCAGAGAUACUGCCUCCAGGGACUCUUCCUAGUUGUAGCCCCUCCGCGUGAGUCUGAUGUGAGUCCCUAGGGAGUCCCCAGGUUUCCCUCUGCUGGGCACUGGCUUUCUCGUGCUUAGAGGGGGCCAGGAGGCGCCAGGCUGGCUUCUGGUUCUGACGAGGGUCUUGGUAGCACUGGGAGAGGACAAGGCAGACACGGUGGGCAGGGUCUGUGAAGGGUGUCAGGGCAGAACGGGGCGCCUCCUUGUGGUGGCAGGGGUGCCUUUGAGGUCAUUCCCCAGCUGGUGUGCAGGGGCCCUCUGGGGCACAGGCUGCACAUCGGGAUCACAGGCUCCCCUAAACUGGGGCACAGUCUCCCUUCUUUUGGAUUGAGAGCUGACCCCAGGAUUGGAGAUUUUCUAAAGGGAAUGGGGGAAGGGAGGGUACUGUCAUUGGUGGUAUCUUUAGCCUGAGACAGCAGAUUUUUAAAGGCAAAAUUAUAUUUCUGGUUUGUUGUUUCAGAAGACCAAUAAAGACUGUAUUUUCCUAUGUA